AAAGAGACAGAUCACUUGCGACUUCAAUGGUGGCGGGUUGAAACAUUGACAGUGACACCAUAAAACUAUCAUGUCCGACAUACAACUCUACCUGGUCGAGGCCGAUAAGAACAAAGACGAGGCUAGAAGGCUGGCCGCUCAAUCCGCACAAGCUCUUGCCUCUGGUGAACUCAAGCUUGUCCAACUUAUCGAGAAUGCCGGCGAAUACAUCAACCACGAGGAUGCUUCCUUGCGAGUCAAGGCGCUUGCAUAUUUAGCUGAUGUUCUGGAACAAGUUGCUCCAAAGGUUCUAAAAGGUCAACAGCGUAAUCUCCUAUGCGGCUUCAUUCUCACAAGAGUCACCGAUGAUAGCGAAGGAACUGGACAUUGCGCCAGAACGCUUAUAGCACUGGAGAAGCUGGGUAAAUGGGACUCGGCGACUGCUGCGAACAUCGCCAAUACCUUUGUGAGCGACUCUCAGACUCUGAGGGAUCACAAGUUGCAAAGCGAACGUUUCACAAUCCUCCAGCUUCUGGAUCUAUUGUUGAGGAACUACCGAAAAGCGCUCAAGGAUCUACACAACGAUGACCACGAUUUCCUGGCCAGAUUCAUCACCUACUUUGACGGAGAGAAGGACCCUAGAAACCUGAUGAUUGUCUUCUCCAUCUUGCAGGUACCGAUGACCGAGUGGGAUCUCGGUCCGCAUGCCCAAGACCUCUUCGAUUCAGUCUUCAAUUACUUCCCUAUCACAUUCAAGCCUCCACCAGGCGACCCAUACGGUAUCACUGCGCAGGAUCUCAAGGACCGUCUGCAGGGCUGUAUCUCGGCCACGUCAGACUUCGCUCCCUACUCCUUCACCGCACUUCUCGACAAACUUGAUUCUAGUUCUAUCAACACCAAGCGAGAUGUCCUGGCCGCGCUUAGGGGAUGUGUCAACAACUAUGAACCUGCUACCAUUUCUUUGUACUCUGUGACCCUUUGGGACUCGCUCAAGUUUGAGAUUUUGAACGUCGAAGAAGAGGAUCUGGCCCAGGAGGCUCUUGCUACGCUUGCUGCAAUCGCCAACCAGUUGAGCCAGCUCCAGGAGGGUGCGCUUACAGCUUAUCUCAAACCAGUCAUCAAAGAGUGUAACGAACAUCUCGAGGAUGCGCCUACCAAGCAAUCCCAAGCCGCGGCUCGCAUCAUCAACAGCAUUGCAAAGACUUCUCCCGAGCUCGCCAACACACUGACCAAGGCCGUCCUUCCUCAUCUAUUCGAGCUUUUCCAGUCGUCAGAGUCAAUUGCCAAGAGACGUGGACUGAUCGAGGUCCUGAACUCUUUGAUUAGCGCGACAAAGGAUGUCUCGGAUCAGUGGAAGAUCUAUAACGCGGAAGGUGUCCUCGUGGCAGAUCGUGCUGAUGAAAGUGCCUUGCGCGACUGGAGCACAGAAGCUUUGGAAGCAAUGCUUAGAGCUGUUGUGAACGCUCCCAAAUCUGAAAUAUCCUUCCGUCUAUUUGCUAUUGCAGGUCUCAUCGGUAUGGUCAAGAUCCCCAAGCUAUUGUCCGAUGGGGACGUCGCACGCAUUAUCGAAUCGUUCACGGACAUUAUCAUCCAAGAACGCUCCGCCGCAAACUCAGAAGUAGAGGCAGCGGCCAUUAGCGGUUUGGCUGUAACUGCUCAUCACAGCCCCAUAGUUACCUCAGAAAAGGCUUUACCCACCUUCCUUGCCGAACUACCGGAUAAUCCUACUCUCGGUACUGGAUACGAAAAGGUCCUCGAAGCUUUCACAAAGCUCAGCACAGAAACACAAGUCUUCGAUACAAUCGUCUUGCGCUUGAAGAAUAAGCUACAAGCUGCUCUACAUCAAGGAGCAAACAUCACUUACAUCCACGCACUCCUUAUGGCCAUUCUUUUCGCUUUCUCCAAUGGCUCUCCCGGUACUGAGAAUGGAGUUAUCAAGUUCUCGUACUUCUCAGACAUUGUAAAGCCCCUUCUAGACCAAGCUCUCGGUCUUUCAGGAACCGAUGCUCGCUCGUUGAGCGAUCACACAAGUACUGAUAUCAUCGGCCGUAUCAGCAACAUCAUUCUCAAAUCACACUCAACGCAUGUGCAGAACCAGGUGCUGGCGGAGUAUGAGUCCUCUUUUAGCUCAUUCGGAAAGGACACAUCCGAUGCUUACUCGAAGGCCGCCGUCAUCGCUUCACUACAUCUCAACGCUGCUUUCCAACGGGAGGCUCUGAGUCCUGAGUCAGCUACGAACCUACUCGGAGCUUUGGCUCGUACCGCAAACAACGAAUUCACGUUGCCAAACGUGCAAUUGUCGGCACUUCGACAAACUGCUUUGGUGGUGAACAAAUUCAUUCCUCCAGCUGAUCUAGAGAAGUCUCUGAUCAGCACUUCUACGGACGUAGGAUCUCUGCUCGGUCAAAAUCGCUCUGCCGAAUCAAUCAUUCUGGCCUUCUCUGUUGUGAAAGGUCUAUUAAUACAAGGCAAGAGCAACAAAUCCACAACAGCUUAUCUUCAAAGUCUGUUGGAAUUGUUGUCGGAUGCCACAUUCGGAAGCGUGGCAGCUCGUGGCUUCGUUACGAUCCUCGCUCCUGACGACAUUUUGUGCAAGGAAAACCACUGCUAUGUGUCUGGCCUUUACAAACAGAAAACCUUCAAUCAAACAGUACCGGCCAUCUCGGAAGCGACCAAGUCUGCUGACUCGGCCGUAAAGCCAAACUACCUCGUCGCUCUAUCGGGCAUACUCAGAUGGUUGCCUUACACGAUCAUUGAGAACUCUUCGUCAACCCUCGUGUUGUUGCUGUUGCAAUCGCUGGAUCUGCAAGACCGAGCCCAUCAAGAUGUUAAAUCCUCAACAUUAGUCUCAGUAGAGACUAUCAUCACGCAGAACGCAUCAGCCCUCUUCGAGCACGCCUCGUCGCUGAUCUCGCGUCUGCUUGCAUGCACAGGGUCUUUAGACAACACGCCGCAGGUUCGCAAGGCUGCACUGCGCUGCUUGACACUUCUUCCAACUCAAUUCAAGCGCGAGGCUGUAGUGCCGUACAGGCGACAGGUGGUUAAGCGGUUGAUGGGCUGUCUUGACGAUGGCAAGCGCGCUGUGCGUACAGAAGCUGUCCGAUGCAGGACUGCUUGGCUCAGCCUUGACCAGGAGGAUUCGGACGAGGAGUAGAAGUCUCAGCCAAGGUGGUUGAUGGCGCCCCCCUCAUCGUGGGGUGCGCUAGUCAGAGUUAUGUGGUCUGUUGUCUUAUACCUAGUUUCGCUCCACCACAAAAUUUUCGUCAAAUGUUGAUAGAGUAUAGACUUUUCGAUUCGCAAUCUGUCAAGACGUUUGUUUGCUCGGAGUGAACUCUGACAUUAGCGGUGACCCGUGAUUGGUAGAAUUGGACGAGUGAGGUUAUUCCAGGGUAAUACUAGGUUUGAGCUUGCGUCUAUUGACCCCAUGGGCCCUUUUCCUCCUUCGAGACUGGAGGAGUGGUCCAAGCAAGACAUACUACUCCCCCAACUGAAUGUGAGUUGUUUUUCCAAGGCUUUCUUGACCAAUAG